UCCCUCUCUUGUCCCCUGCCUCCUCUCCUCUCCUCCUCCUGUGACUGCUCACACCUGCCUCGUCUUGGCGCUACAGUUUUUUUUUCACUGCAAUUACCCCUCGGCCUCCUGAGCACCGCUGCAAACAUUCCCCCUUCUGGAUUUUGGGAGACAAACACGCAGAAGCACCUUGCCAUAAAGAACACAGGCCCCCGUCAGCAGUAUGAAAUCGGCGUGUCUCUUCCUGCUGCUCGGCACGGCGUGCUGGGCAGUGCCCUUCCGCCAGUCCGGUUUCCUGGACUUCAUGAUGGAGGACGAGGCAGGUUCGGGACUGCCGGAGUUAACCGUGGAGGCCGCAGCGCCCCCACCCCCCGUCCCUGAGGGACCCAUGUGCCCCUUCAGGUGCCAGUGCCACCUGCGGGUGGUGCAGUGCUCCGACCUGGCCCUGAAGAAUGUUCCAGAAAAACUUCCCGCAGACACCACGCUGCUUGACCUGCAGAACAACAAGAUCAGCGAAAUCCGAGAGAAUGAUUUCAAGGCCCUCAAGGGCCUGCAUGCCCUGAUCCUCGUGAACAAUGUUAUCACCACCAUCCACCCCAAGGCCUUCAUGCCUCUGGGUAAACUGCAGAGACUCUACCUCUCCAAGAACCUGCUGAAGGACAUGCCACCCAACAUGCCCAAGAGCCUGCAGGAGCUGCGCAUCCACGAGAACGACAUCUCCAAGAUCAAGAAGUCCUCCUUCGAGGGCUUGUCCCAUGUCAUCGUCAUGGAACUGGGCUCUAAUCCUCUCACAAACUCUGGGAUAGACAGUGAGGCCUUUGCCGAUCUGAAACGCGUUUCUUACAUCCGGAUUGCUGACACCGGCCUCACCGAGAUCCCAAAAGGCCUCCCCAGCUCCCUGUCUGAGCUCCAUCUGGACGGAAACAAGAUCACCAAAGUUCAGGCAGAGAGUCUCAAGGGUCUGAAUCUGCUGGCCAAGUUGGGUCUGAGCCACAAUGAGAUCAGCGUGGUGGACAAUGAUACCCUGACCAUGGUGCCUCACCUGCGUGAGCUGCACCUGGACAACAACGCUCUCACCAGUGUGCCCCCAGGCCUGCCUGACCACAAAUACAUCCAGGUCAUCUAUCUCCAUAGCAACAAGAUUGCUGCGGUAGGAACUGAGGAUUUCUGCCCCCCCGGCUUCAACACCAAAAAGGCCAUGUACUCAGGGAUCAGCCUGUUCAGCAACCCUGUGCCCUACUGGGAGGUUCAGCCAAUCACCUUCCGCUGUGUCUUUGACCGCUCCGCCAUCCAGCUCGGAAACUACCGGAAGAAGUAGAUAGCCCCCGGCUGAAGACCAUUUCCUAUGACUGUGCUGCCCCCUCUCCCCCACCGCCCCAGAGUCUUUGUACUACACACCCCUUACAGCAAUAACUAGGCAGACAGAAUCCAUAUUUUUUACACAAUCCUGAAAAUAACAGCAACACACAAAACACAGAACUGGCAUCUAUUGGACAGUCCAGGUCAGUCUUAUAGUAGAAAAAUAUAAUUCACAAUGGUAUCCAAGUGUACGGUUGCACUUGCUUGGAUCAUGCUUUAGUGGAAUCUAGGGUGGUGUGGAACAAGAUAAUUGAAAAGACAACAGCAGGAGAUUAAGAAAAAAAAAAAACACUUAAAGGUAAUGAACAGCAACAUUUAGCCCUUUAACUCCCACAUCAGUAAGACAAGAACAAGGAUAAAAACAUUUUCGGCAUACUGAUUCUCUAGGGCCUAAGCCAUCACACUAACUAUCCCUCCGUUAAUUAGAUCAGCUGACCUGCAGAGCGGGCAGCAAAGGGUUAACUUGCAUUUCAAAAAUAUCAACAGCAAGAACUGGUGUACAAGAAUGUACUAGAAUAUCAUGUAUGUAGAGUUAGUGUUCAAAGUGUACUCUUGGUACAGGAGUACAAAAUGUACCAUUUUCUUUUCAUAUUGUAGUUAGUCGAAGUAGAAAAAGUAGUUUUUAUUCUGCCAAAUUUCUAUAUCUUCUGCUUGCUUUAUGACGUGAUUCUUGAAAAAAAUGUUUUUGUACCCCCCUAUUUUUAAACAUUUCAAAUGUUUUAUUUUUUUAUAAUACACUGAACAACUCCAAAUCAUCAAUGUAUUGUCAUGAACAGUCAAAAAUAAAACCAGGGCAAGCAGAUAGAUGUCUUUCACACAGAUCUGUAUACUUAUACAUUUACUUUCAACCGAUCUUGGAUUAUGGAUUGCAGUGUUUGUGUUCUGUUGUUUUUAUUUGUUUGAUUUCUUUACGUUUGAAGACGCGGGAAGCAGGCUGCUGGAUGAUCGUGCCCACCAUACUGAUGUUAGUUUGAAUGUUCUGUGUAUAGAUGCUGUAUAUACAGGCUUUACGUAUCAUACCUUGUAUUGUGUUCAAGCACUUGCAGUAGUUCAGACUGAAUCUGUCAGUGAUUUAGGUGAAUCUCUCAAUCAGGGACUCUGCCCAAGGUGUCGCUAACCUGAUAAAAGUCAGAUAAUAAAAAAAGAAAAAAUUCUUUUGCAUUCCAUAAGAGGAUUGAUUCUCUACACCAAGUCAAACAUAACUACGUGUAUCUAAGAUUAUUUCCCCAACCGCUAGAAGGUUCAACAGCAUCUUCACAGAAGGUGGCAGUCAUGAGGAAGACAUAUUAUACCACACUCCAUUGUACUGGCACAAUUUCAUUUCAGAAUUUAUGACUUACAUGAAUCAGUUGCAUUAAUUAACAUGCAGAACAGUUGUCUUCCCUGUGUGACAGCUGAAAUUAAUGAGGAACGUGAGGACUAUCAGUGCCUCAUAGUAUUAAUCUUCAGUACUUUGAAUGUACUGUAUUUCCAGUUGUAUUCAUAGUUUCUGAGCUUGUUUGAACAAGCGCAUAUUUCUCUGCAAUGUCUUUAUAGUGUGAUAAGUAAUUUUGACAGGAGAAAGUAAAGUAAAUGUAGAAAUCCUCGCAGAUGUCCAGAACAUAACCCUGCGUCUGGAUCCAAUAUACCAGAACAGAGGCAAAAGGAACAUCUGAGAACAUUCAGGAGGCACAUAAAAGCUUAACCAUAGAUCCUGUUUUGAAUUUUGUGCACAUAAAAAGAUGUAUUAGAACUACAUGAAACAAUUUUGUAUAAAAAGUAUCACUUCAAAUGGUAUUCUAUUGCAUUUGUGGUACUUCUUCCCUUUCUGAUAUUAAACUAUAUAGCGAUUACAUGUAGAAA